GUGAGUCCAAACUAAGAGCAAAAUGGUUAUUUUGGCCCAUGAGGCUUCGGUGCGAAUCUCUACCAGAGUCCAACUGUGUACAGGGUCAAGCCAUCACUGCAACUCAGGCCCCCCCUGCAAUAUGUCAGCCGAUCACUGUCCCUCUUUGCAAAGAUCUACCUCACACCGAGACCAUCCUGCCCAAUAUUUUAGGUCACAAAACUCAGGAGGAGGCCGGCCUUGGGAUACAUCAGUUUUUGCCACUUGUAAAUGCUGAAUGCUCCCCUUAUUUAAAACCUUUCUUGUGCUCAGUCUACGUGCCUAAAUGUGUCUCAGAGAGACCUCAGCCUCCCUGCAGAACACUGUGUGAGCAGGCGAGGUCUGGCUGUGCAUCACUGAUGAGCAGUUUUGGCUUUCAAUGGCCUGAUUCCUUCAGGUGUGAAGCAUUUACCACAGAAUCGUGUGAACAGGCACAAAACUCAAGAAAUGACAGGACAAGCUGCAAGCCAGUAACAUCCAGCUUCUGUCAAGGUUUGGGAUACACAACUACCCUUCAUCCGAGCGGAGUCCAAGGCUACAACCUGCAGCAAAUUGGUCAGAUGGUGGAGACGGCCUGUUCACCACACAUCGCCACACUCAUGUGUCGUGUUGUUGUGCCUGAAUGCAACUCAGAGGACGACAGUCGCAAGAAACCGUGCAGAGCUCUCUGUGAAAAAGUCAAGAAAGAUUGUGAGUCCACACUAAGAAUAAAAAGGCUGACCUGGCCAAUGAAGCUCCGGUGUGAUUCUUUACCAGAGUCCAACUGUGUACAGGUUCCGUCCAUCCCUGUCAAUCCUGUUCCAUCUCAAAGGGAAAGCACCCCUGCAGCAUGUCAAGCAAUCACUUUGCGUGCAUGUGAAGAUCAGCCUUAUUCAGAGACCAUCCUGCCCAAUAUUCUAGGUCAUGACACACAGGUGGAAGCUGGCCUUGAGAUUCAUCAGUUUUACCCAUUUAUAGAAGUGGAAUGCUCUCGGCAUCUGAAGCCUUUCUUGUGCUCAGUCUAUGUGCCUAAAUGUGUCUCAGGAAGACUUCAGCCUCCCUGCAGAUUACUCUGUGAGCUGGCGAGGUCUGGCUGUGCAACACUGAUGAACAAUUUUGGCUUUCAUUGGCCUGAGUCCUUGAAGUGUGAAGCCUUCACCACAGAGUCAUGUGGACAAACUCCAUUCAUCGGUGGUCCUGAAACAUUCCCAUCAACAUGCCAGGCUAUUACCAUUCCUUUCUGCAAAGACCUGCCUUACACAGAAACUGCUCUGCCCGGAGUUACUGGCCACAAAACACAGGAAGAUGCCAGCCUGAUAUUAAAUACCUUCACACCACUUGUACAGUUUGGAUGCUCCUCUCAUUUAAAGCCUUUCCUAUGCUCUGUGUACCUUCCCAAAUGUGUGUCUGGGAAAGCUCAACCUCCAUGCAGAACGCUCUGUGAGCAGGUACGAGCAAGCUGUGAGCCACUGAUGAACAGGUUUGGCUUCUCGUGGCCUGAAACCCUCAACUGUGUGGCAUUUAGCACCGAGUCCUGUGAACAGUAUGGAGUGAGCACCAGUGGAGGAAUCUGUGAGCCAAUCAGCAUACCCGUGUGCCAAGGCUUGUCUUACAACCAGACCAUUGUUCCAAAUCUCCUGGGCCACAAAAGCCAAAGAGAAGCAGUCUCAAAGAUGUCCUUUUUCAACUCAAUGGUGCAGGCCGUGUGCUCAACAGACAUUCGCCUCUUCUUGUGUAGGGUGUACGCCCCACAGUGCAUUGAAGGGAAGGUGCAGAUGCCCUGCAGGUCUUUCUGUGAAAAAGCCAAACGGGACUGUGAAAGUCUAAUGAACAGUUUUGGCGUCUCCUGGCCUGAAGAGCUGCAGUGUAAAUCAUUCCCAGAGGAAAUGUGUAUAUCUGAAGAAAGCAGAGCAGAGAUGCUGAAGGCUGAAGAUGUUCUUGCUAAACUUAAAUUUGGUGGAUAUACUGUUCGUGGCAAAUCUCUUACUCUCAGGACGGCCCGCCUGCUUUUGAUUCUCAUGGAUGCAGACAAAACGGGAGACCUGAAUGUGGUGGAGCUGUUCAAACUGGAGCAUUAUGUGGCUAUUAUCAGGAGAGAUUAUGUGGAGAAAUACGAGAGCACAAAUCCACCCGCUGUCACACAGACCCAAAUGAAGAAGACAUUUGACACCUAUGAUUUUCACGUAGAUGAGGAAACUUUCAGAGCUCUGUGGUUUGAAUACCACUCCCAAGGUGGGAUUGACUAUGACAACUAUAUGGCAGUCCUCACUAGACUUCACAUCCUCAAAGGUCGUUUCCAAGCCCAUCUGCAAAAUUUGCCUUGUGACUGCCAGGUUGCCAGCUUCUCCUUCAAACAGUUCAUGAAAUCAGCCAUAAUCUGAGGAUCGACGGACCUCAAUGAACCUCUGAACCGUUUAGGGCAGAAUUACACUACUUGCAGUGUGUAUUAAUUAUUUUCAGCAACAUAUUUUAAUAGUUAGUAUUUUUAGUUAGUUUUUUAAUAGUUUGUAUUCUUUUUUUUAAAAAGAAGAGAAUAAGCAACUGAGCUUUUUCAUUACGAAGUCAGUCAUAAUUCACAACGUUUAUCUGUGUGUUUGUAUCAUCAGUAGUUAUAUAGCCUAUGUAGGCAUAGAUGUUCUAUGAAAAUGUCAAAUAUUGUAGUACUUCAGACUUAGAAGAUGUUUAAAUAUCUAAAAAGAAAAACAAAUCACAUUUUCUAUAUUAUUUUUCUUAGAUGCGUACAUUUAUCUACAUAUAUACCAGAAGACAGAAUCUUCCAUGAAUGUUGACAUUUUACUUUUGAUUUUUUUUUCUUUAAAUUUCCCUGAAUGUAAGAAAAAAUAAACAUAUAGUCCUCUGAGGAAACCAAGUGAAACAAAAAACUUAUUAGGCCAGGACCUUAAAGGAGUGUUCCAUCACCCUUAAGUUUGAUCGUAAGAGGAAAGUUAAAGACAAAGAACUAAUUAUUUAUAGCUUCCAGGGCGGUGCAAAGACAAGCUAAAUAAAGAGCCUUAACUUUCCCUGCAUCUCAUUAUAUGAAACACAUUUGAAAAAAAAAAAAUAAAUAAAUAAAAAAAAAAAAA